ACGAGUCAGACAGGUAGCCAGAGCUCCAUAUAUAGCCUGUCCAGAUGUAUGGCGAUGCACACUGAGAGGGAUUUACAGGUGUUUCUGUGAGUGAACAUACAUGCUAGCCGUUUAUUAUAUUCAUAUUAUCAAAGGUAUUUAUUUAAAGCGGAGCUCAGGAAUGGACCAACAAGCUGCAGCAUGCUGACACAACCUCACACUGAGGGAAGGUGUGUGUGUAUCACCUGACAAUAGAGAAGUGAAUUUUCCUGUUGGGAAUGGACCUUACUGCGUUUUCCAGAGUAAAGAGGAAACUAUUUCCGGAGAGGUUUCUGGUGUUUAUCUCCCGGACUGUCCCUCAGAGGGAGAGGUCAGCUGCGGGCUGGAGGACUCUGUUCCUGCUGCUGCUGCUGCCUGUCUGCUGCUGCGGGGAGGAGGAGUGUGUACUGGGUUUGGUGGGCCGUCCCAUCUCCCUCUCCUGUUUCCUCCCCCAGUUGUUGACCUCCGUGAACCUGUCCAUCGCGUGGCGGCGGGGGAAGGAGGUGGUGCUGCGGUCGGUGUGGAGGGAGGAUGGAGAGGUGGAGGAGUGGAGCGUCAGCAGGUUCUCCACCCCGGAGGACGCCUCGCUCUCGGGGAACUUCUCCCUGCAGCUGCCCAGCGUGGCAGCCUCGGAGAACAACACCCACUUCAGUCUGGUGGAAACCUCCGGGGGGAACAGCAGCUCGGAGCUGUGCAGCGUCUGUCUGCAGACUGCAGCCAGUUUCAGCACCCCCCUGCUGCAGAGGGAGGAGUCAAAGCAUGGAGGGGGGGAGGCGGUGUUUUCCUGUGAGUCCAGCGGGGGUUUCCCUGCACCCACUCUGUCCUGGCUCAUCAACAACAAGGAGUACUCCCCCCCGGGCGCCGUGACCACCAUCACUACACCCCUCCCCGACACCCAGCUGUUCAACAUCAGCAGCCGCCUCACCGUCAACCUCUCCAAAGACGUCGGCGUCACCUGCAUCGUGGAGAACCCCAAACUCAACGAGACCCUCUCCUCCAGCUCCUACUCUGUGAAUCGCAGCACGGUGCACAGCCGGGCCUCGGAGGCGAUGUGGAUCUUCAGCACAGCGCUGUGUGUGGUGGUCGGGGUGUUGGUGCUGACGGGGGUCGCCUACCAGAUCCACCUGGACCGCACCCACAAGAGGAAGAAGCACGACUUCCAGAAGCUGCAGUCCAGAGGAUAUAAAAGAAGAAGUCCGGACAUAGAGGAGGAGGAGGAGGAGAAGGAGCCGAUGAAGCCGGAAAGAAAGGAGAGCGAGGUUUAAGGAGCCGUUCACUGACGGCACUGAUGUGUAUAUGUAUUUGUUACCCUGGUUCACCUUUUCAAUGUUAAUACAUCUGGUAGGUUUUUAAAAAUGAAGCUAUGAAAACAGUCUUUAUUAGAAAACACUGUCUGUUACAAGCUUUAUUAAGAGGCUCCAUUUAUUCGUAUCUUUUUUUUUUUAUGAGAUAGUUGUUGUUUUUUCUGGUACAUUUUUACAUGUUUUUUGUUGUCUUUUUGUAUUUGACAAAAUGUUUUUCUUAACUUUUAAUAUUUGUUUCUCCCUGUUUUAAUGUCUUGAUUUCAUACUGUGUGUGUGUGUGUGUGUGUGUGUGUGUGU